AUGAGACUCGCGCACCUCCACCUCCCCCACACAACGCCCUUCGGCCGCGUUUCGCACCUCCAACAAACCCUCACAACUCGCCUCCUCGCGCACAAAAAGCUCGCCUCCCCAGGCUCAAUUUUCUCACAAGAUCCGAGCAACCAAAGCACCACACUAGCAAAAGCUCUACCCCCACCACCAGACCCAACAAUCAUCACUUUCACCCCAAACCCUGUCUACACCACCGGCCGUCGCGACCUCCCACCUUCAAACACAAGCCCACCCUCCACAACCAACCCCACCCUCUUCUCUCUACCACCAGCCCUCGAGCCAAUUCGCUCCCUCUUCACACUGGACGGUCACCAACCCGCAAAGGCAGAGUACCACCCAACUCUUCGCGGCGGACAGACAACUUAUCACGGGCCGGGCCAGAUGGUCGCGUAUACGAUCCUGGAUCUCAAGCGACUUGGUCUAACGCCCCGGUGCCACAUCCGUGUUUUGGAGAAUAGCGUCAUCGACCUACUGAAGAGCUACGGAGUUGAAGGGUUUACAACGGAAGAUCCGGGGGUGUGGGUGCAGCCCGUUGCAGGAUCAGGAUCCUUGCAACCGAGGAAAAUCACGGCAGUGGGGGUUCAUCUGCGACGCAAUAUCAGCAGUUUUGGAAUCGGCCUUAAUGUUACGGAUGAGCCGAUGUGGUUCUUUAAGCAGAUCGUGGCUUGUGGGCUGGAGGGCAAAGAGGCAACUAGUCUGCAGGGUGUGGGUGUUCCGGGAUUAGAGGUUGGGGAUGUUGCAGCUGCGUUUGUUGAGAAGUUUGUUAAUCGGGUCAACGCGGAUUUCGCCUGUGGGGAGAAUUCGCGGGGGGAGAAGAUUGACGAGGUUUAUCGGGUCCGGGAGGAAGAUUUGCUAACUGAUGUCCAGCAUUGA